AUGCCGAGGAAGAAGCCGAGGUUCCAUUCGCUGAAGAAGCUGAAUGUGCGCCAGAACUGGUCUAGAUGGUCGUUAUACGCUCUCUCGCAGCUGAAGCAGCCAAACCUAUCGACUCGAACAUAUUUCCAGCAGAAAUGGACGGCCAAGGCAUCGACAAGAGCUUACCAUGGCGAGCACAUACGGGAGAAGAAGUGGAAGCACAUGUUCAGAAGGAACCUACCCGCAGUCGUCGCCAUGGACCAUAGAUAUCUCGCCCGUCACGAUGGAUCAGAACAAGCCGCAGGGCGAGGAAUGGGAGCAGAUCAAGCAGAAAAAGCCCGCACACCACCCAUGACGCCGUACAUGCAAAUGGCCUACUACCCCCUCGAACGACGACUGGACACGGCCAUUUUCAGAGCCCUCUUUGCAAGCAGUGUACGACAAGCUCGACAGUUUGUCGUACAUGGAUUGGUCAAGGUCAAUGGCAAGAAGAUGAUAUACCCCGGCUACGCCCUCAACCCCGGUGACAUGUUCCAAGUAGAGCCCUCAUCCGUCAUGUUCGCAACCGGUGCACCAAAAACGCGAUCCUCAACCGCCCGCCGGGUAACCAAAGAAAAAGCCGCCGCCCGCGCCGAAGCCCGUGAGCAAAGCGGUGGACAAACCCCCAAACAGUCCCCCCAAACCGACCUCACCACCUCCUCAGCGCGCGAAGAGCCCACACCCGCAGAACUGAAAAAACAACUCCAAGACCUAAUGCAGCAAGUCGACGGCGUCCUCGCCGAAGACGUAAAGGCAAAAGACAAGCAAAAAUUCCGUGCCUUCCGCCAAUCCGUCCGCCGCGCAAUCUCCCUCUGGCGCUCUGCAAACCCGGAAACUAUAUCUACCCUAGACACGCAAUUCGAAUUCCUCAAAACGCAAAUCGCUGAACGCCAGGCCGAACUGUCUUCCUCCUCAUCCCAAUCUUCCCGCGAUCGCAACGACACCACCGCAAACGAACCCCUCAUCUCAGACGAAGACCAAGCCCGCCUGCGCUCUGCGUUUGAAAAAUUACGCCUCGAAACUGAACAUACGUCUGCGUGGAAUAGACGCAACGCUCAAGCGCCGUAUGCGACACCCUGGCGUCCUAGGGAUUAUAUGAGUGCGUUUGCGUUUAUACCACGGUAUCUCGAGGUUAAUCAGAAUGUUUGUGCCGCGGUUUAUUUGAGACAUCCCGUUGCGAGACAGGGGCUUGCCGAGGUGCCGACGCCGUUCCAUAUUGAGACGGGGCAGUUGGCUUUUAACUGGUAUUUGAGGAAUCGGUAGAUGGGGAUGUGUGGGAUGGGGAGAGAAGGGGUGUGUAUAUUAUGUAGAUGGGCUGCGAAUAUUCGUGCUGGAUUAGAAAUGGGAAGAUAUGGCAUGAUGGAUUCGCAUAGUGAGGAUAGACGAGGACUUGUGUAUGUAUGGGGGUUUGUAUAUAUAUGAUGUUUUGCUUAUCUUUAUUAUAAAACUCCAACUUCAACAAAUCACUCCAAAUAUCACUCCACCUAUUAGAAAAAA